AUGUCCACUCCAUCGACGGGCCGCACGCCGGACAAGAAGAAGAAACCGUUGCCAUACUUUAUGCAAAAAUCGGAAGACCAAGCCCUGCCCUCGUUCCAGAACCGCCGGACGCUGGCGGACCACGUGAAGGACAAUAUGCUGUGCGCGGGCCGGAAGAGCUACUUCCAGCGGAUCGUGUACGUCGGUCGGCACCCGAAGGUGACCGGAAUGACACUGCGCGAUCGGUUCCUGAAGCUGAUCAAAGAUAUACAGGAGACUACCGCGAACGAAAUCAAACUGUUCGGGCUGAUGAUCAACUUCGACGGGUACACGGUGCACAUGAUCGAGAGUGCCGAGGAGACGAUUGGCGAGUACAUGAAGCAGCUGGUGACAAGCGAUCUGUUCGACGACAGCCGCGUCGUUCUGGUCUACAACAACAUUAACCAGCGGUUCUUCCGCAAGCUCGUGUGGCGCGUGUCGGACUACCUGAACGAACUACCACGGACCGAGCUCGAUCACAAGGAUCCCGCGCUGGUCCAGAACACCAUCAACGCGUUCAUGGUGAAGGUGUACGCACUUUCCAAGAUGGUGCGCGAAGAAGAGCUCGAUGAAAGAUCCGCCUUCAAGUCGCUAUAUUUGGACGAAAACUACGAAGAACACACACCGGACAUAAGCGUGCUGGAGUAUUUGCUCGGGCUAAGCUGCCUGUUUACCGUGCCGGAGUACGCUGCGUUCUACGGCGAGCUACCGAACGUAGCCAGCUUCCGUGACCGCAUUUGGCCCAUUCCAAAGGAUCUCACGCCGUACGAUGUGUUCGAAACGAGCAAAUAUGAUGUCAACCUGACGUUCGGAACCAAGUAG